UCCAGUGCUCUCUGCAGCCUGGAGGGCCUGGUCCCCAUCAGCCCCUCUGAGCUCAGGAUCCGGGGGGCCAUUGAGGAGAACCUCUGCACAGCUCUCCUGGUAUAAAUGCAGGAAAGCCCUCUGAGCUCAGGCAGGAGUCUCUCUCUCUCUCUCUUAGACACACACACACACACACGCACUCUUACACACUUGCACCCAUGGGAAGCCGCCCCACCCCUGGACUCCAGAGAACUACAUCAGCUGGGUACCCACUGCCUUCAACCAGGCCUCCAGCCUCAGUCCCGUCCACUGCCCCAGGGGGCCCUGUGGUGGGCAGUGGUCCCGCGGGUGGCCCCCAGGCCCCGAAGGCCAAGCGGUCAGCCCUGGGGGCUGAUGGUGUGCAGCGGGACCAGCUGUGGAGGGAGCUGCUGGAGGCCGAGAGGAGGAGCCAGCAGCGCUGGGCUCAGAACUGGAGUUUCCUGAAAGACUAUGACCCCAUGGGUAACAAGAAGGAGCCCGUGAAGCUGCCAGACUAUGUGCCUCGCUUCUCUGACACGGUCCCCAAUUCAACGAACCGGGCCGUGGGCAGCCGGGUGGACACGCCUCUGGGGAAAACCCUCAUCGGCCUUGACUUCUUCUUCGUGGAAGGAGCCCGGAAGAAGAAGCUGGAAGAGGAGCUGCAGCCCAUCUAGGAGGAGGGCCGGGCGGACGCUGCUGGGGAGCCAUCACCAGAGCCUCAGACAGCAUCCCACACAAGCCGGGGGUCAGGAGCGCUGACCGUUGAGUCCGGAUCCUGCUCCUGGCUCUAGGCAUCUGCAGUCUUGGGCAGGUCACUGGAGCCUCCGGGCCAUUUCCCCAUCUGUGAUGUGCUGUUUCCAUCGCUGCUGUAACAGGUGACCACAAACUGAGCGUCUCCAAACCACACAUGCAUGUUAUCUUGCAAUCCUGAAGAUAGAAAUCCAAAGCAGCUCUCGCUGGACUAACUAAACUGAAGGCAUUGGUAGGGCCGCAUUCCUUUCUGGAGGCUGGAGGAAUCUGAUGCCUCACCUCUUCCAGCUUCCAGAAGCUGUUCAAACUCCUUGGCCCUUGGCUCCUUCACCUUCAAGGGCGGCAAUGUUGUUGUUUUUCAGUUGCUCAUCACGUCCAACUGUUUGUGACCCCACGGAUUGCGGCACACCAG